UUAUGGAGCUUAUUACAUAAUCACAUUUCUGUCUCAUAGACUCCUCCCACCACACAGAAGCAGAUGUUUUAAAAACAGAUUUUCCAGCCUUCUUUCUCAUCUGUAGCUUUUUGUCGGAAAGAAGUCGCAAUGUUUUUCAUGCUGUUUUCAGCAACCACCUGGACUUUGCUGGUCCUGCUUUUCACGCUGAUAUUACUGUACGGAUUAUGGCCAUAUCGGUUCUUCAAAAAGCUGGGGAUACCUGGACCGAGGCCCCUGCCUUAUAUUGGAACGAUGCUGGGCAUAAGAAAGGGAAUUCUUGGAUUUGACCUAGAGUGUCAUGCCAAGUAUGGUGACAUCUGGGGGUUGUACGAUGGACGAACGCCGUUGUUAAUGGUGGCCGACCCUGAGAUUGUUAAAACCGUGAUGGUGAAGGAGUGCUACUCUGUGUUCACCAACCGCAGG